AUGGCGGAGACCUUGAUGUGCCCCUCCGCGUGGUGCGCGCCCGCGGGGUACAUCCCGCGCAGGGGCGGAGGGGGACCCGGCGCUGUGGUGGGGGGAGGCGGAGGGGCGGUUUGGGCGGCGGAUGGAGCGGAGGGAGGGGAGGGGGCGGGAGAGGGAGAAGGAGAGGUGGUGAGGAAGGAGGAGGAGGAGGAGGAGGAGGAGGAGGAGGAGGAGGAGGAGGAGGAGGAGGAGGAGGAGGCAGGGGGUGGUGGUUGCUUCCAGGCUACAAUGGCGAAACGUCCUCGUCGCCUGCCAUGCCACGUCGCUUGCCUCGUCGCAUGCCUAGUCGCAUGCGUCGCGAACGGCAGUCCAUCCACGAUCUCCCCCCAAUUCCUGACACCCCGACGCGCAUCACCCCCGUACGCAGCCAUGCCUCUCGCGACGCUGCUUGUCGCGCAGGGGCCAUGGAAGGGGACCGCGGGGGACGGAGCCAAGGAAACGAAGAUCCUAUCGACGGUGCACGCCACGGUGCACGACCACCGCCAUCGCCCCCACAACAAUGGUGACCCUCCGGGAACGAGCUUUUCAGAAGUAGAAGACAUUCAGGUGACGGCAACGGUGCCGACAGACACUGAUAAUGAUGGGGGGAAGGCCGACGGUCUUCCGCAAACCGCGCAGCAGGGCGUGCAGCAGGGCAGUCAGAGGGGCAAAUGGACGGAGCAAGAAGUCUUGAGCGUGCUCCGCGAGGCCUCCGCGGGCAGCGCGUCCGCGCCAGCCGCCGCGCCGCACAGCGCCAGCUUCGGCGCAGCAGCAGCGGCCUUCCGCGAGGGGCGGGCGGCAGCGGCAGGGGCGGGCGGCAGCGGCAACCCGGGCGGGGCGGCAGCGGGUAGCGAUGAUGGUCCAACCCGCGUGCAGCGGUUUCUGAUGCGGCUGGCGGUGGCGCUACACGCGUACGGCAGUUCUGCCGCCCGCACGGAGUUCCUGAUCGAGCGUGCCGGGCGGCGGCUGGGCGUGGACGUGAGCGUGGCGGUGCUGCCAGAUUUGAUUCUGCUCGCCUUCAACCGCGUGGUUGGGGACGACACUGCUGGGCGUGGACGUGAGUGUGGCGGUGCUGCCUGCCCUCAUGCUGCUGGCAUUCAAUUCAACCGCGUGGUUGGGGACGAUACAGCUGGGCAGCGCACGCACAUGCUCUCCGUCUCCCCUGAUAUGGAUCUGGACAAGCUGGGGCGAGUGGAUGAGUUGGCGCGCAGUGUGGGGCUGAGGGAGGCGCACAACCUCAUGGCGGCGUACUGGCAGCUGCGGGCCAUCGCCAACGCGCCGCCCACCUUCUCCCCGCCCAUGCACCUGCUCGCCAUGGCGCUCAUGUCCGCCAGCGCUGCCGUGCUCUUCUUUGGCGGUAGGCCUCGCGUAUUACGCCCAUGCACCCCUCUGCACCUCUCUGCACCCCAUGCGCCCAUGCACCUCCUCGCUAUGGCGUUCAUGUCCGCCAGUGCUGCUGUGCUCUUCUUCGGUGCUGCGGGUUCCAUACUCCUCGUGUGCACCUGUCCCUGCGCCGCUCGUGAGCCUUCCAUGCACCCUGCGUGCGUCCUUUGCUCUGCCAUGUAA